GCCGCCCGCCCCGCCCCGCCCCGCCGCCCGCGGCCCCGCGCGCCGCUCCUCGCACAGCGCCGGGCCGUGAGGGAGCGGCCGCGCCGGGUCACCUUCCCGGCCGCCGGCAGCCCCGAGCCGCCCCCGAGCCGCCGCCAUCCGCCGCUGCGGGCCGUCCCCGCCCCGGGGGAGCGGGUGCCCCGGGGCAUGAGCUGCUCCUCUGGGAGCGUCGUGCUCCCUGCCGGAGAGCCGCCGCGAGCCGCCGCCGCCGCCCCGCUGGAGCUGCCGGCCGGGGCGGGGGAGGCGAGCGGGGACACCCCCGAGGAGGGCGAGGGCCGGAGGGGCGGCUCGGAGAGCGGGGCCGCCGGCGGCGACAAGCCCGAGACGCGCUCGGUGUGCAGCAGCAGCGAGAGCGGCAGCGGCGGCCACGCCGGCGGGGCCGGCCCCAUCUGCAAGAUCUGCUUCCAGGGCCCCGAGCAGGGUGAAUUGUUAAACCCUUGCCGCUGCGAUGGCUCAGUACGAUACACGCAUCAGCUUUGCCUCUUAAAGUGGAUAAGUGAAAGAGGGUCAUGGACCUGUGAACUCUGCUGUUACAGAUACCAUGUUAUAGCCAUUAAAAUGAAAAAGCCUUGUCAGUGGCAAAGCAUUACUAUAACACUGGUUGAGAAAGUGCAGAUGGUUGCUGUAAUCCUAGGAUCUCUGUUCUUAGUAGCAAGUGUGACUUGGCUUCUAUGGUCAGCCUUCAGCCCUUAUGCAGUAUGGCAAAGAAAGGACAUCCUUUUUCAAAUCUGCUAUGGAAUGUAUGGUUUUAUGGAUCUAGUAUGCAUAGGACUGAUAGUCCAUGAAGGUGCAUCUGUUUAUCGAGUGUUUAAGCGCUGGAGAGCUGUGAAUCUACACUGGGAUGUGUUAAAUUAUGAUAAAGCCACGGACAUAGAAGAGAGCAAUCGAGGAGAAUCCUCAGCAGGGAGGACAUUGUGGCUGCCACUGACUGCAUUUAGAAACAGAAGUUUAGUUCAUCCAACACAGUUAACCUCACCGAGAUUUCAGUGUGGCUAUGUGUUGUUACACCUGUUCAACCGCAUGAGACCUCAGGAGGACUCAUCAGAGGAUAACUGCUCUGGGGAAGUAGUGAUGAGAGUGACCUCAGUGUAAAGAUUGUGCUCACUGUGCUACACAGAGAAGGAUAAUGUGCCCUGGUGUUACAGGACUGCGGAAUGUAGCUAUGAUGAAUGGUGAAACCAUUAACACUUGAAAAAAUAUAUACACUUCUUUUUUUUAAAUUUAAUGUUUUUUAUAUGAUCAGAUAAAACACAAAUACAUUUUUCUGGGGAAAAAAGUCUCUUGCUUUUUAUAUAGCCUGAUUUAUUGAAUCUUUUCUCAAUUUGUACCUGAGGUGUAUGUAACAUAGCUUAAUUCUUAGGUCUUUGAAUGAUGAGGAAACUCAUUUUUAAGUAAAAAGAUAUAUUUAAAUGUAUUUUCUUAAACUCUGGCUUUAAUCCACUACUGUUAUUUUUUCCACUUUCAUGAGGAUUAAACUGGACAGCAUUCUUCCAAAAAGAAUAAGAAUGUUGAUACAAGUCAAAUAUUUUUCCUUUUCUGUCUUUAUUUGCUGUUGUUUGUAGCUCAGUUCAGGUGUGUGAAAGUAAGUGAAGGAUAUAUUGUCCUUUGCAUUUAGGCAGGAAGUCCAGUGGAUGUUCUACAAAACCUAAAGGAAGAUGGGAAGUCUUUUCUUUUAGCUCUCCCAGAUGUCCAUGCAAGAUAUCAGACACAAGUAUGACACAGAUAGGGGAAGAGUCUUGUACUGCCUCUCGAGUCUCUUAAGAUCUGCAGAGUGCUAUGCCUGUGCACAGAAGUGAUGUUACCUUCUGAGCAGUGCUGCUGGAAUUAGCAAUGUGUGAAUCUUUAGUACCAUGCUAAUUAUAGGUCAUUGAA